UAUUCAGUUGCAGCUGCGAGUCGCCAGAAGCUAAGGCCAGAAGUUAUUCAAAAUUCAAGAUGGCCAUGUGUCACGAUGGUGUCUUGACUUGAAGUGUUGUCGUUAACUUUAUUGUUUUGUGUGAAAAUAGUGUUUUUACACGAUGGCUGACUUAAGUGUUGAUGUAUCAAAGUUACCGGAUGAGAUAAGAGAUAAAUUGGCGGAGUUAGAUUUGGAAUUAUCUGAAGGUGACAUCACACAGAAGGGAUAUGAGAAGAAACGGACGCGACUCCUCACGCCAUACAUUCAACAGCAGCAGCCACCAGUGAGGUCUGCCGCGGCGCUCCGCUCGCCGCCGGGGAGGACCAACCGGCGACUCACGCGCAACGAGAGUCGCUACCAUUCUGAAGUGAGACAGGAGGCGGUCCAGCAAGCGCUGGCGGAGAUGCAGAACCGGCCCAAACCCUCGCUGCCCAUGCCCUCGAAGAGGACCUCCAUGAUGGCCAAGAGUCCUGACAGAGAGCGCCAUGAACUCUCAUCGAGCUCGGACGAGGACUCCUGCGCCGGCGAUGCUGAUCUUCCGCCGCCGCCGGAGCUGGGGUCGCCGCCGGCGCGCCGACCCGCCGCGCCACACCCUCGUGCGCACGCGCACCCGCUGCCGCAGCCCUACCACCCGCGCGACAGGGACCGCGACCGCGACCAACGUGACAAGAAACAUCCUCCCCGGGAACGCACCGAGAUUGAUCUUAACGAGUUGACUCACUUCCCAGCGUACAUCCAGCCGGACGUGACACACACGUCGGCGGGCGCGCGACGCGGCGGCGCCCACGUCGCAGACCGCGUGCAGUGUUACGCGCAGCCCGAGGACAGCGGCACUGGCACCGGCCGCUGGAAGGUAUCAGCAAAAAUCCAGCAGCUCCUGAACACGCUGAAGCGACCGAAGAGGCGGCCGCUGCCAGAGUUCUACGAAGACGACGACAUAGAGUUAGAGAUAGCCGCCAACCCUAAGGAUCCUAAUGCUCCCAAGCCUGAGGGGGGCACGAUGACCCCUGCGGUUGGCGAGCAACUGGUGGUCCCCUCGGGCCUGCCGAGGAACCUAGAAGCGGCCUUGCAGAGAUACGGCACCGCCUCCUUCAAAGCCAACGUCGCCACCGUGCUAGACCCCAACGGGAAGCUCAGCAACUCCCUCACUUAUGGGAAGCUGCUCAGCCGCUCGCUGAAGAUCGCGCAUGCGCUGCUCAACAAGACGUUUACAUCGAAGACGUCGAGCGGGGGCCCCCUCACGGGAGACUGCAGUAUCAAGCCGGGGGACCGCGUGGCCCUCGUGUACCCCAACAACGACCCGAUCAACUUCAUGUGCGCCUUCUACGGCUGCUUGCAAGCUGGCGUGGUCCCCGUCCCUAUCGAAGUGCCUCUGUCGCGAAGAGACGCCGGGCUGCAGCAAGUAGGCUUCCUGCUGGGCUCCUGUGGCGUACAGUACGCUAUGACGUCCGAUGCCUGCAUGAAAGGUCUGCCAAAAACGUCAUCCGGCGACGUAGUCUCAUUCCGGGGCUGGCCGUCGCUGCAGUGGGUAUCGACGGAGAAGCUGCCGCGCCCCCCGCGCGAUUGGAUCCCACCCCCGCGCCCCGCCGAGGACAGCCCCGCGCACAUCGAACACACGAGCGCCGUCGACGGCUCCGCCAUGGGCGUUAUCGUUACUAGGGCGUCAAUGCUAGCGCACUGCCGGAUGGUGUCAGUGGCGUGCAGCUACACGGAGGGCGAGCACAUGGUGUGCGUGCUGGACUUCAAGCGGGAGACGGGGCUGUGGCACGCCGUGCUGGCGAGUGUCCUCAACGGGAUGCACGUCAUCUUCAUACCGUACGCGCUCAUGAAGGUCAGCCCCGCCUCCUGGAUGCACAUGAUCACCAAGUACAGGGCUUCAGUAGCGAUCGUGAAGUCUCGCGAUCUGCACUGGGGGUUGUUGGCGACGAGGGACCACAAGGAGAUCGCGCUGGGUUCGCUGCGCAUGCUGCUGGUGGCUGACGGCGCCAACCCCUGGUCGCUGUCCUCCUGCGAUCAGUUCCUCUCCGUCUUUCAGAGCAAAGGCGUGCGCGGCGACGCGAUCUGCCCGUGCGCAUGUAGCAGCGAGUCGCUGACGAUGUGCGUGCGGCGCGCAGGACGCGGCGGGUCGUCCGCGGGCCGCGGCGUCCUGUCCAUGUCCGGCCUCUCGUACGGCGUCGUGCGCGUCGACGCUGAGAACUCGCUCACCUCGCUCACGCUGCAAGACUGCGGGCAGGUCAUGCCUUCCUGCGUGAUAGUGGUAGUGAAGAUGGAAGGGCCGGCGUUCUUAUGCAAGACAGACGAAGUGGGGGAGAUAUGCGUGUUGUCCGGGGCCACAGGGUCGGGCUAUUGGGGCCUGCCGGGGCUGACCAACACCGUGUUCAGGGUGCGCCCGCUCGACGCAGACGGCGAGCCCAUAGGGGAGGAGCACUACGUUCGCAGCGGACUGCUCGGCUUCUUGGGGCCUGGAGGCCUGGUGUUCGUGUGCGGGUCGCGCGACGGCCUGAUGACCGUGACGGGUCGCAAGCACAAUAUGGACGACAUAAUAGCGACCGUGCUCGCCGUGGAGCCUAUGAAGUUCAUCUACCGUGGCCGCAUCGCAGUAUUCUCCGUGCGAGUGUUGCGCGACGAGAGGAUCUGCAUCGUCGCUGAGCAAAGACCAGACUGCAGCGAGGAAGAGUCAUUCCAAUGGAUGUCGCGGGUGCUACAAGCAGUGGACUCCAUCCAUCAGGUGGGCAUCUAUUGCCUGGCGCUGGUGCAGCCUAACUACCUCCCCAAGACGCCACUUGGGGGCAUCCACCUAAGCGAAUGCAAGCGGCGCUUCCUCGAAGGCACGCUGCAUCCCGCCAACGUGCUCAUGUGCCCGCACACUUGCGUCACCAACCUGCCCAAGCCAAGGGAGAUACAUUCAGAUGUUGGUCCGGCUUCAGUGAUAGUCGGCAACCUGGUGCAAGGCAACCGGCUGGCGUCGGCACAGGGUCGAGACAUGGGGUACACUGACGAUUCGGAUGCUGCCAGAAAGUACCAGUUCAUAUCCCAGAUUCUGAGGUGGCGAGCUCAAAGCACAUCGGACCAUGUCAUAUUUACAUUGCUCAACUCUAAGGGCGCAGUUGCCAAGGUGCUCACUUGCGCCGAGCUGCACAAGAAGGCGGAGCGCAUCGGCAACCUGCUACUAGAGAAAGGGCGCGUGAACACUGGCGACCACGUGGCGCUCAUUUUCCCCCCUGGCCUUGACCUCAUCUGCGCCUUCUACGGCUGCCUGUACGUGGGCGCCGUACCCGUCACCAUCCGACCCCCACACCCGCAGAAUCUGCACACUACCCUCCCCACCGUGCGCAUGAUCGUCGACGUCAGCAAGGCUACUCUAGUCCUCUCCAACCAAUCUGUGAUAAAGCUCCUCCGAUCCAAGGAGGCCAGCAAUGUGCUCGAUAGCAAGGCGUGGCCACUGACGCUUGAUACCGACGACAUGCCCAAGAAGAAGCUGCCCAUCUUGUACCGCGCGCCCACCGCCGAGAUGCUCGCCUACCUUGACUUCAGCGUGUCCACUACCGGCAUGCUGGCCGGCAUCAAGAUGUCGCACGCCGCCGUCACCUCGCUCUGCCGCUCCAUGAAGAUCGCGUGCGAGCUCUAUCCGUCGCGACACAUAGCGCUCUGCCUGGACCCCUACUGUGGGCUUGGCUUCGCGCUCUGGUGCCUCAGUAGCAUAUACUCCGGCCACCACUCCAUCCUCAUCCCACCCUCCGAGGUCGAGAUCAACCCGGCGCUCUGGCUCAGCGCCGUUUCGCAAUACAAAGUGCGCGACACUUUCUGCUCGUACGGCGUCAUGGAAUUAUGCACGAAGGGUUUGGGUAGCUCGGUAAACCAGCUCAAAUCGAAGGGCAUCAAUCUGGCCUGCGUUCGAACGUGCGUAGUCGUGGCCGAGGAAAGGCCGAGAAUCAACCUGUCGAACUCCUUCUCAAAGCUGUUCUCCGCUCUGGGCCUGAGUCCACGAGCGGUGUCGACAUCUUUCGGAUGUCGCGUGAAUAUUGCGAUCUGUUUGCAAGGUGCAUCUAGUCCCGAGCCGUCGACGGUGUACGUCGACCUGCGAGCGCUGCGCAACGACAGAGUGUCCCUCGUCGAGCGAGGCAGCCCUCACUCGCUCUGCUUGAUGGAGUCCGGCAAACUGCUGCCCGGCGUCAAAGUGAUAACGGCUAAUCCGGAAACGAAAGGACAAUGCGGAGAUUCUCAUUUGGGAGAGAUCUGGGUGCAGUCGCCGCACAACGCCAGUGGCUACUUUACGAUAUACGGCGACGAAAGCGACUACGCGGACCACUUUAGCGCGCAGCUGGUGACGGGCAACACGGGGGAGGUGUACGCGCGCACAGGCUACCUGGGCUUCCUGCGGCGGACAGAGAUCACGGCAACGAGCAGCGCAGACGACUCGACGUCGCUGCUGGCACGCGACAGCGACACGGAGUCGCUGGUGUCGGCGUGCGGCAGCGCGAGCGGCGGCUCGCACGCGCCCGACACGCACGACACGCACGACGCCGUGUUCGUGGUGGGCGCGCUCGACGAGACCAUCAUGCUGCGCGGCAUGCGCUACCAUCCCAUCGACAUCGAGAACUCCGUCAUGCGCUGCCAUAAAAAGAUAGCCGAGUGCGCGGUGUUCACGUGGACGAACCUGCUGGUGGUGGUGGUGGAGCUGGACGGUAAUGACAGCGAAGCACUCAACCUGGUGCCGCUGGUGACCAACACGGUGCUGGAGGAGCACCACCUCAUCGUCGGCGUCGUGGUCGUCGUCGACCCCGGCGUCGUGCCCAUCAACUCGCGCGGCGAAAAGCAACGCAUGCACCUCCGCGAUGGAUUCCUCUCCGAUCAAAUCGACGCCAUCUAUAUAGCUUAUAAUAUGUAAAGGUAAACCAUACGCCAUAUAGAGUGGUUAGAUCAGCUUGAAACUACAGCGUUGUAUCGGCCUUCAGCUGUAGAAUGUCUAGUCCGGAUCUACAUUGGCGGGAAUUUGGAAUAGUACUGUUUCUGUGCACCGCUGUGUGUGUGAGGCUCUUUAAGGCAGACAAGGAAUCCCUGGCUUAUUGAAGAGUGGCUCACGUUCGACUCGCAACGAUCCAGACUUUCAAAAAACUUAUUUGAUCGUUCGUACGUUCGUAGUCCUAUUGCUAAUCAUAAGUAUUUGAUGACAUUCUGUAGGGUCAGUGUAUAGUUUAACUCUCAACUUUUAGAAUAUUUUGUAAUCGCACCAUUUGUACUUCCCGACUUUUCCGAAAACGUUAAACGCCAAAUUGACUUCAAAAGUAUCGAAUUGUUUUUAAGACUGUUCUUAUUUGUAAGCGUAGUGCUUUUCUACACUGAUAACAACAUUUGGCUCGUAUUCAAACGAGUUGUGACUGAACUAAGUCUGAAAUCUACAAUUGAUUAAACGUUACUUUAGAAAUGUUUUUCCUAUCCCCAAGUUUAGUGGAGACUAGUAGAGAUUAUGAGUGUUGUGAGUUUUGUCCGCGCGUGGCGCGGCGCACGGACAGAUCCGGGGUUAUACCAAGUUAUUAUUACUCGAGGAAUGUUCGGCUUGUAACGUUUAUUAUACACAAAUAUAUUGUUGUGAUUAUUAUGAAUUAUGAAUCAAGUAAUAUCUAACGUGUACGUUGUACUACAAUGGGUAAUUAAACCUGAAACGUGUUUUUAUUUGCAAACAAAUAAGCUGGCUGCGUCAUUUGCUACAAAUUAUUGAAAAAUACUUUUUCUUUGGCAUAAGGUAAUAAUAACCGUCUGUUUGUCUGCAAGAGAACACGUCAUUAGUGUUAGUGAAUAUUGAUAAUAAAUAAUAAUGUAUUCAAAUGUAUUGCAUUUAUGUGUUACUUAACUGUUAGUUUGGUGAUUCUGUUUUUAAAGUUGACAAUAAAAAUUGGCAAAACUAAUUGCUCAUAUCAAAACUCAAAGUGGAGCGGGCCUCGGGUACUUGACAGAUGGAAUUCUCUGAUGAGUCUGAGUUGUCCGUUGGAUGCCGUGUGCAUAUAAAAUGUACGUGGAUACUUACAGACAAAUUCUUCGUAUAAAAGUCUGGUAUCAAUAUUAUACCGGGAAUUAAUGACAUCGUAACAAAAACUUUGAGGGAUGAUUCAGACCAUGAUUCUGAGUUGAUAUCAAGUGGAAUUUUCCGUCGAAAAGUAUGAAACUAAAAAUAACUUAAAAAAACACUAUUCAUAAAUUUUCCGACAGGAAAUUCCACUUCAUAUCAACUCAGAAUCAUGGUCUGAAUCAUGCCCCUUAGUAUUUGUUACAGUGUCACUAACAUCCAUAUGUACUUGUAUGGCUACCUGUACGUACUUGUACGGGGUGUAAGUGACAUCGUAACAAAUACUGAGGAGGAUGAUUGAGCUCAUUAAAAAUUUCACUUGAUAAUAACUCAGAAUCAUGGUCUGAAUCAUUCCCCUGAGUAUUAGUUACAGUGUCACUAACACCCUGUUUUUGCACGCGGUCAUGGGGUGUAUCGAAAGAGCUCAAAAAUGUGAAGGAAGUGGAAUAUGUUGAAAGCUGGGAUAUGCAAUAUAGAGACUGGGACAAGGUUGGAGUUCUGUAUUCGCCGGGGCUACUGAAUACUGUUUUAGUGUUUGACUUAUUAUCACAUGUUAAGUGACGAGUAAAAUAGUUGUAUGUAAUCUAGCUGUGUAUUCCAGCAAGUAAUUCUAAAUGUAACUUUACUUAGUCGGUGGUCAUUAAGCAGCUGUUUGUAACUUCCAGCUUAUACUGAUAAUUGUUAAAUAGAAUUGGUAUCGUUAAAUAGUAAUUUUUAUUGAUAAGUACUUGAUGCGUUUUGCGCAUCCGAUCAACAGUUCUAUACCACACCUAGCUCAUUCGGUAGAGUAGAACAAGUAAAUAAUUAUUAUUUUGUUUCCAUUCCAUUCUACGUUCAGAACGAAAGUGUCUAAAUUUUUAUUAUUAACUGCAUUAAAUUUAUUUUCACUAUAGAUUUCUUAUUUACUAUAUUAUUCUUUUGUAAUUAUUUAUUGCUAAAUUGUAAAUAUAUUUUUGUUAUUUAAUUUUAUGUUAAUUUCGGUAUUCUAGUUUUAAUGUUGUUUUUAAUAAUAUAUCAACUCGGCAAUAUAAUAUUAAAGCUGAAUGGUGAAAAUUAGAAAUUUCUGUAGUUCGUUUAUUAUUAUACCUACUUUAAUAUAAAAAUAUGAUUUUUAUGGAUAUUUGAAAAUGUAGUCAUCGUAUGAUAUAAGUAUACAAGUAGUUAAAGAACUCAGUUUAAUGAACAAACAAUGUGUUAUUUGUAAUCCUUCAUAUUAUUGUAUUUGUAAUGCAUAAUGUACUGGUAGGAGUACGAGGUCCUGUAACAGGUUGUAAAUAAGGAGGAGGGUAGAUGUCGCGUGCCGCCGCAGCGGGGUGGAUGCAGCGGGGCUCGGUUGACAAGCGGUCACUAUGGCACGAAAUACGCACGUCGAUAAAUUAAACUGUAAAGAUUAUUCACAUCACAUAAUAAUCGCACUCACCCAGUUUUUUUCCAACAAUUUCCUUUCAUAUCGUAUUGUUUAAACGCACAAAUUCGAAACAUCUUUUUUAUAUAAAAUAUAUUUCGAAGAUUAAUAAUUCUACAUCUGAUUUUCUUUGUAUUCAAGUCGCCAAAGAGACGUCUUUUGAGACUCCGUAACCGCUUUUACAAGUUGUGAUUUUUUUCUGAAAGUAAUUAAAUAAACAUGCAUUAUGAA